GGACCAACGGACGAGCAACAUCACCCCCGACGACGGCAGCAAGCACCUUAACUCAAGAUGGACGUGGAGAGCCUGCUCACGCUUCCCAAGACUUCAAAUGCAUUCUCAGCCCUCCGGUCGACUGUAUUGGUCGACCGGGAUUUAGACGCGGGGUCGGCAUCAUCUUAUCCGCGCAAGACACCGCGCUUGGACGCCGACUCUGACUCUGGUUCUGCUUCUAGGUCUCGCAAUCGCAUUUCUAUCACAGGCAAGGGUGUGGAUAGGACUGGUCCUGUUCGCAUACAGGUCAUUGGCUUCAAUGGCAGUGACCCGUCAAUCGAGAAGGACUACAACAACCUGUUCGCGUUACUCAGAAGUGCGACACGUUACAUUCUCACCAAAGGCGAAAGUGUGCCCGCGACGUACGAGAAGCUCUAUACCGCUUGCUGCACCACAGUCGGACCUGCAGCAAGGGGUGAAAGCCUGUACACGGCAGUCAGCCAGGAGCUCGAACAGGGCAUCGGGAGAAUCGCGACCAGCCUUAUCAACGAACCGCGGGAAGGGAUAGAAUGGAUCAGCGCAUUCGUGGAGUGGUGUGACUGGUUCAAGAUACAAAUUACGUUGUUGCAAUCAAUCUUUACCUACCUGGAUCGUGUCUAUGUGAUUAAGUCGGGCAAGCUUGGAUUACGCGAGACGGCUUUUGACAUGUUCAAGAGCCGCAUCUGUGAUGAUAUCAGAUUAAUGGAUAGGAUGCGCAUUAGUAUUCGACAAUGGUUGAUAUGGGAGAGAAAUAACCGUGAGCCCCACAACCAACGAGAGCACUUCAUCUCUCUCGUCACACACCUCGUCUCUCACAAUCAGUAUCACGACCUAUUUGAGACGUAUUACAUCAAGUGCACGCAAGAGUACUUCGCAGAUGAGUCAAAGAGGAAGGUGGAGGAAGAAAAGGUCACUGCCCAGGUGUUCAUCACCCACUGCACAACGCGCAAGGAGGAAGAAGAGAAACGCGCGGACGCUGUUCUCUUGGAGUAUACGAAGCCGAGUGUGGUCAGUACGACGCAUCAUGCGUUAUUGCAGGGCAGGCUCGCCUGGCUCGCUAAAGAUGUUGUCGGACCGUUCAUGGAUGAAAAAGACUCCAACAGGUUAAAAAGGGCAUACCAACUGUUCGCGCACGUCGAUGGGCUACCCAAGCUUUGCGCAGAGUACAAGAGGUACCUCCAGAACAAAGUCAAGGCCAUCGUCACCGACACAGCCCGUGACGACGAAAUGGUUGAGCGCCUGCUGGACCUUAAAGAAUUCUCCGACAAGACUAUGCGCAGCUCCUUUGCUCCUGACGCCUCUGUGCCCGAGUCCGCUUCCGGUCCGACUCAGGACUUCUCGUACGCGGCGAUCGACGCAUUCGCUCAGGGCUUCAAGGCGCGACAUAACAAGCCCGCGGAGCUGAUUGCGAAGCACCUGGAUAGGCUCAUGCGCAAGGGCCAGCGCGGCAUGUCCGAUAGUGACUUCAGCGACAUGCUGGAUGCUGCGCUGGGACUGUACAGGUUUACGGACGACAAGGACGUGUUUAGGGCGUUCUACCACCGGGCUUUGGCGAAGAGACUGUUGCUUGAGAGGAGCGCGAGUGAUGAUUUCGAAAAGGCGAUGUUGAAAAAGCUGAAAGAACGAUACGAUCCUGAGUUCGACAUGGGCGACCAGAUGUUCCAAGACUUGACCAUCUCACGCGACACGCUCAGGGAGUUCCAUAAUCGUCACUUGGACUCGGAGUCGCUGUGCAGGCAGCUGUCGGUCAUGGUGCUUCAACGUAGCGCGUGGCCGUUUACGUCGCGCAAGCACGACAUCGUUUUGCCACCGAAUAUGCAAGCAGAUUUAUCGGUGUACCACCGCUUCUACAAGUCCAAGCACCAGAACCACCGGCUCGAUUGGGACCACGCGCUCGGGACUGCGACCCUCAAGGCACGCUUCCGCAAAGGGUCGAAGGACUUGAGCGUCAGCUUAUAUCAGGCCAUCGUCUUACUCUUGUUCAACGAUGAGGAUGAACUUGGGUUCAAGACGAUCAAGGAGCAGACGAGGCUUGACGAUAUGGAGCUACGACGCACCCUGCAGAGUCUUGCAUGCGGAACCAAGAGGGUGCUCAAGAAGAAUCCCGCAGGACGGGAAGUGAACGAUGACGACAUGUUCUCCUUCAACGCGGACUUCGAGGACCCUCGUUCGCGUGUGCACAUUAACUCGAUCCAAGCCAAGGAAACCGCGGAGGAGUCGAAGCGCACACAAUCCAACGUCGAAGGCGACCGAAAGCUCUCCAUCGAUGCAGCGAUUGUGCGUAUCAUGAAGGCGAAGAAGGAGCUGCAAUUCGAACAGCUCAAGACGCAGACCAUCGAUGCUGUCAAGAACCACUUUGUCCCCGAUGUGCCUACUAUCAAGCAGCGCAUCGAAGGGCUAGUCGAGCAGGAGUACCUAAGGCGGGAUGAGGAUGACAUGAGCAAGCUGUUUUAUAUUUCUUAGAUGCGUGAGCACUUGUCAUACCUCUGCUAUGGGUUGUAUCAAUAUCCGUUGUCCUGUAUUCCGGUCUGAAGCAUGGCGAAUCAUUUAGAACGCGGCGAACGCAUGGUGAUU